AUGGCGGACACGGCAGGGAAGCCGAUCACUUGCAAAGCAAUGGUUGCGUUCGGUGUGAAUGACCUGCGAGAGGAGGAGAUUGUGGUGGGCCCUCCGAAGGCCGGUGAGGUCCGGGUGAAAGUGAUUUGCAACGCCCUCUGUCACACAGACAUCUACACGCUCAGUGGCCAAGAUCCCGAGGGCCUUUUUCCUUCCAUCCUGGGACAUGAGGCCGGUGCCAUUGUCGAGUCUGUUGGAGAGGGCGUCCUGUCCGUGAAACCCGGAGACCACAUCGUCCCUGGAUACACACCGCAGUGCAAGGGCUCCGACUGCAUAUUCUGCAUGAGCCCGAAGACCAACCUGUGCCCAAAGAUCCGCGGCACACAGGGCAAGGGUGUCAUGCCUGAUGGCACAUCCAGAUUCACACUCAAGAAGGAUGGCACGACCAUUUACCAUUUCAUGGGCUGCUCCACGUUCGCAGAAUACACCGUCCUCGCCGAAAUUUCCUGCGCGAAGAUCAAUCCUGAGGCCGACUUGGAGAAGAUGUGCCUGUUUGGCUGUGGUAUUGCUACUGGACUGGGCGCCGUCUGGAAUAGUGCGAAGGUUGACCCCUUCUCCACCGUGGUCGUCUUUGGCCUUGGAGCCGUGGGUCUGGCGGUGAUUCAAGGCUGCAAGGCCGUGAACUGCAGCAAAAUCGUUGGAGUUGACACGAACCCCAAGAAGUUCGACAUCGCAAAGCAGUUGGGCUGCACGGAGUGCAUAAAUCCGAAGGACUACGACAAGCCUAUCCAGCAGGUGUUGGUUGAGAUGAGCCCUACCAAGUUUGGAUACGACUACACUUUUGAUUGCACUGGCAACACCGAUGUCAUGCGGGCGUGCCUGGAGGCCUCGCACAGAGGUUGGGGUCAGAGCUGCGUCAUUGGCGUGGCCGCUGCAGGCAAGGAGCUUUCUACGCGCCCGUUCCAACUGGUCACCGGUCGGCGCUGGUUGGGCACGGCUUUUGGUGGCUGGAAAACUCGAGAUGCCAUCCCUAUGCUGGUGGACAAG